AUGACAGUCCCACUGGAUUUGAGCCUCCCUACGGCUCUCAUUCUGGUCGAUAAUCAAGCGGCCUUUUCCGACGCCGCAACUCUAUCGCACUGGGGCAACGGACGAUCCAACCCGCUCUAUGAGACCAAUAUCCAAGCUCUCAUCUCCGCCUUCCGCACCGCACGAGAGGAAUCUUCAACUCUUCUGGAGGUGAUCCAUGUGUUCCAUUCUUCCACUACUCCAGGAUCACCUCUUCAUCCCACUCAUCCGGGCCAAGGUAUCCGCCCGCUGGACUUCGCGACCCCAGCCUUAGAUGGCUCGGAGCCUGUUAUCUGGAAGUCCGUCAACUCUUCCUUUAUCGGUACUGGUCUUGAAGCCCACCUGCGAGAUAAGGGAUUUCGCCAAAUUUUUAUCGCAGGCCUCACAACUGAUCACUGUGUUUCGACAACCGUUCGUAUGGCGGCCAACCUAGGCGUUGUCGAUCGCUAUCUUGAUGAAGGUCCCGUGAAGCUAAGAUCCGAUGGCACGCAUCUAAAGGAAGUCACUGUCGACAGAGGACGCAUUAUUCUGGUGUCUGAUGCCACUGCGACAUUUGGAAAGGGUGAAUUCGAUGCUGAGACCGUACACAAGGUUUCUGUUGCCAGUCUUGAUGGCGAGUUUGCGGAUGUCAUUGGGACCGAGGAGGUUGUGAAGGCCUUGAGAAAGGUCAAGAUUUGA